CGGGUUCGAACCCCACACACGCAGGGGACGCAGUAACUUGUUAACUUCACGUAUUUAAACGUAAAACGUAAAGUUAUUUAGUUAAUUUAGCAAAACUUUGCGACGAUAAUUUUGAAUGAGAAAGUUUUUAUUACAAAAUAGUAUUUUAUUUUUCAGACGGUUUUGUGCACGGUUGUGUUUAUUAUUAAUGAAUAUGUGGUUUUUGGAAGUUGCGCAUACGCAUUAUUUGUUUUACUGAAAUGUGUUUAUUGUAAUACACUGACUUGGAUUGAUCCUUAACAUGAUGUGGUAUUUAUUAAAACUCAUCAUUAUUUUACAAUGUGUGAACUCAGUAAGGAUAGUCAAUAUGCGGGUGCCAGAAGUAGUACAAUACGGUUCAAGAGAUGCAGUGACAAUGGACUGUGAAUUCGUGACAGGCAAUGUCACUGGAUUGGUAAUAAAGUGGUUCUAUGCGGACAACUCAUGCUCUGAAUGCAAGCAUGGCAAACCUGUGUACCAAUGGAUACCACCACAGAAGCCACAGGCGUUGGGAUUGUUGAAGAAUAAGUUGGAUCUAACUUAUAAAGUAUCCCGCAACCCAUACACACAACAUCGUGCAUUGCGUAUCCUGUCUCCAGGAACAGAACUCACCGGCAACUACACCUGUGUCAUUUCUACUUUCCUCGCCGAAGAUGAACGAACGAAGCCUAUGACUAUUUUCGUGCCAGAAAGAAGGUUCGAUAUGAUCCAAGAUCGUCUUGGUGAUGGAUACCUCAACGUUAUUUGUUCAGCUGAAGGCGUCUUUCCUAAGCCAGAAAUUGUAAUAUUAGCUGGCAACAGGCCUCUGCCGUCUAAAACUUCUAUAAAGCUGAUCAACGAACGCUACUCGAUUGUAACAAGUUCUAUCGUGAAGAUGGAAUCCCUUCCUUCGACUGUGGAGAUUCUAUGCGACAUGCAAGUGCCCCUGGCGAACUAUUUUAGUAGAAAAAGGGAUAUUUUCUACAGAGAUCCCCCGCCUACUACACCGGAUACGCCUAGUCCUGCGCACAAGCAAGCCCGUGAUAGAGACUAUGAUGGAUCGCGCCGCUAUCUCCCUCUGCGAUGAAAUACACCUCCCCUGGGCGCAAUAAUCAUUUGACAAAGUCACCAGAAGAACGCAUCAAC